UCUCCACGCAUUGAAGUGGGGGUAGAAGUCACAGUGAUUGAAGCGGAAAGGGUACUACAUUGAAGACGGAUUGUGAUAGUUAAAUUUAAGUCGAUUUGUUGUUCUUCGCGAUUUUUUAAAUCUUUUUUGUAUUACUGAUAAAGGUCUCCCAAAUGACGGGUUCUAAUGAAUUCAAGCUGAGCCAGGGCCCUGAGGACAGUACGUCAGCCGUGAAGUUCAGCCCCAGCACCUCCCAGUUCCUGUUGGUUUCCUCAUGGGACACCACAGUCCGCCUGUACGAUGUUGGCGCCAACUCCAUGAGAAUGAAGUACCAGCACUUGGCACCUGUGCUCGACUGUGCCUUUUAUGACCCUACGCAUGCUUGGAGUGGUGGCCUAGACAUGCAGUUGAAAACGCACGAUUUAAAUACAGAUCAAGAGACAAUAGUGGGAACCCACGACGCUCCGAUCCGAUGUGUGGAAUACUGUCCAGAGGUUAAUGUCAUGGUAACGGGCAGCUGGGAUCGGUCUGUCCGGCUCUGGGAUCCCCGUACCCCCUGCAAUGCUGGCACCUUUUCUCAACCUGAAAAGGUCUACACGUUGUCUGUGGCAGGAGAUCGGUUGAUUGUGGGAACAGCCGGGCGGAGAGUCCUUGUGUGGGACCUUAGGAACAUGGGUUAUGUGCAGCAGAGGAGGGAGUCGAGUCUGAAAUACCAAACCCGCUGUAUCCGGGCUUUCCCCAACAAGCAGGGCUACGUGCUGAGCUCGAUUGAAGGUCGGGUUGCAGUGGAGUACCUGGACCCCAGCCCAGAGGUGCAGAAGAAGAAAUAUGCUUUUAAAUGCCACAGAUUAAAGGAAAAUGGCAUUGAGCAGGUUUACCCGGUCAAUGCUAUCUCGUUCCACAGUGUGCACAACACUUUUGCCACAGGGGGCUCUGAUGGGUUUGUGAAUAUCUGGGAUCCCUUUAAUAAGAAGCGUUUGUGCCAGUUUCACCGCUACCCUACCAGCAUCUCCUCUCUGGCAUUCAGUAAUGAUGGCACCACUCUGGCCAUUGCCUCUUCCUACAUGCACGAGCAGGGCGACAUCGAGCACCCUGAAGAUGCCGUCUAUAUCCGCCAGGUCACAGACGCCGAGACAAAGCCCAAAUCAACAUAAACACAGCUCGGAGUGGUCUCGUUCAUGCGUCACGCUUUUUUUUACCAUCCUGAAGCUUGCAUCACUUGGAAUAUCUGCUGGCAUCCAGUUGAGAAUCUUGAAUAUAUGUCCUGCUUACAUUCUGUGCUUCUUUAGAACCAUUCUUUGCUAUCCCCGUUUUUCAAAAAGUUUUUUGUUGUAUAGAAAUGACUGUCUGCCAAACCCGACAUUUUAAUUGUUUUUUUUCUGUUUUGUAUUCUCUUUACACCUAUUCUGUCUGUGGAAUUUAUAUGUAUAGAUUUCUACCUAUCCGUACAAUACAACAUUCUGUUUCAGUGCUCUUAUUUUGUGGUGCUGAGGGUCAAAUUGAUAAUUUCAAGCCUCAAAAACCAAAUUUCUUCGCAAAACCUCUAAGUGUUACGUCCGUAUACGUCUUAUGUAUUAUUUGGCUUUUGUAUGUUUUACUGAAACGUACUGGCUCUUUAAUGCAACUAAUUACCCAUACACCUUAUCUAAAAUGUCAUGUUGUACUUGGUCAGUAUAUAUGUAACAGUCACAGUUUUACACAAAAGGAAAAUAAAUGGUUUUACUUUAAUUUUA